UCGUAACAAUCCCCGUAACUAAAAUUGUGCUGGUAUGUGAGAUAUCAUACCAAAACCAACCAGUAUUUGGGUCGGGAAAAUCCCACCAACACUAUCCCCCAACAAUCAUGUGUAAAACUUUUAAAUAAUCAAAAACAUUCUUCGAAUGUCAAUGUUAAAUGAAGUUUUCUGUCAUUUAUCUGUAAAAAGGAAAGAAAAUGAACAAGAUUUCAGGCCUACAAGAUCACUAUAAUGUUUUAAGGAUUAGAUGAACAAAAUGUUAAAGUGAUCGAGUCUAGAACAUAAUUAUAACACAUAUUCGUGUGGGUUCAGUGCGCAUCAAAUUCAUUACUUUCUUUGCGGGUUUCGAAAAAAACUCACCCAAAAUAGUAUUGGUUGGAUUUUCCACACAAUAUCAAUUCGAAUUUAAUUCCCACAACAAUGGGCUAUUUUGCGAUCCUAGUUCCUACACUCAAUGUAACACCUCAGGCGAAUCUCACAUCGACAAAAGUACGGGAGAGAUUAACAAGCUAUGACAUAACUCUUAACAAUGGCCAAGUGUAACCAAUGAAAGAGACUGCAGUAUAGUGGUGCAAGUAAUAAAUAUCGAAUCAUCGGGUCUCUAGAUGUACUAUUACUCAGCGUCAGUUCAUUAUCUAGCAAAUCAUAUUAAGGAUUGAUUAACUAAACUACUCUACUAACUAAACUAAGUAAAACUACUAAUUACAGGUUGGGAACUCACUUAGGUAUGAUUCCCCCUAGUCUGCAGUUAGGCCAAGUUGUAAUUCACCCAAUCCAAUUCAGCUGACAGAUAUACCGCGGAAAGUUCUUAACUGGUCUGUACCUCGACUAAAAUUAUCCAGACCCUCUCGGUUCGAAUACCCGGCGGGUGACUAACCUCCAUCGACGUAAGCUAACCAAGGUAAAAACACACAAAACUUCCUCUAAUGGAUUUGAUUCUAGUACAGAGCAGUGAAUCAAUUUCUCGACUAAAGCAAUCGAUCCACUACUUCCAAUUGAGGUUGCUCUAUUAACCUAUGCAAAGACUAUUGUUCUAGGUUAAAGCAGGAAUCACAAAAGUUUGAUCAGGACUCAAGUAAUUCUGAAUUAAUGACUCAACUGAAUAUAAAACGUCAAUCAAUCAUGAAUUUAAGCUCAUACAACUCUUCAUAGCAAUCAAAUCUAUGGUUCCUCAAAACCUAAGUAAAGGGAAGUUACUUCAUAGAGAAGAGAGAGAAUGCAGAAAUCUGAUCUAGAUCUUCAAUCUUCAUCUCCAAGCUUGAUUCCCGAGCUCCAAUGGUGAAGAAAUCCUCCAAAAUAGCUCCAAGAAUGAUCCCAAUGUGCUCUCUCUCUAGGGUUUAUCCCUUGGGUGUUUGGGAUCCAAAACCCAGCUCUCCCCCUUCAGAAUCCGCAAAAACGCAUUUAUACAGCUCAAAGAAGCCAAGUUAUUCCCCAAGUUACGGUCAUAACCUUUGGGGUUCAGGCCAUAACUUCUGGAAUGUAUAAUGCCUCCCGUGGCCUCGAGUUACGGCCAAAAUGGCAAAGUUACAGUCUGAACCGUAACUUAGAAGGCCAUCCCAUAACUCUGGAGAGGCUGCUGUCUUUCAGACAUUUCUCCCUCAGUCGAACUCUAAAUUCGUCGCCGUUUGAUCCCAGACGCUCGUAGUCUCGUCCUUUUUCUUACCAUGCCUAGAUUACAUGAUUCUUUGUCCAUUAAACAAGGUAGAAAUCCAUUCUUCCUUAGGUCAUACCCGAGUUUCUUCCCCCGAGUCGCCAAUUGAUCUCCGAUUGACUUGAAACUUGCGCCUAUACUUCACUUUACAUGCUAGGACCUAAAAUGUAACAAAGGAACACAACCUAGUGUAGAAUAGGCCAAAGUAUGAUAAACACCAAGCUAAACAAUCAAGAAAUGAGGGGUAAAAACAUGUGCAAUUUCAGUGUUAUCAGGGAUCCAUGGCUCAUAUGUAAGAAACCUACCUUAACAAACAAGACACAUUUUCCGGUGAAAUGGAGGAGUUCUUAUGAGAACUUUGAAGUUAAACGUGCUUAGUGUGGAGCACUGCAAGAAUGAGUGACCUUAUGGGAAGUCACAUUGAAUCGCACCUCAAGACAAAACCGUGAGGGUCGAGAGUCGAGACCCAAAGCAGACAAUAUCUUGGUGGGGAAAAGGUUCAGGAUGUUUCAAGUGGUAUCAGAGCCUCUCUGCGUCCCUCUUGAACGAUGAUGGGGCAAACCUCAAUGAGGAUGUUAAGUCCUAAAGGAGUGGGAGAGGGGGGGGGGGUGUAUGUAACAUUUUAGGCGAAUCUCACAUUAUCUUUUCGGGGGUUUUGUGGACUAGACCAUCUUGCUCGGCUUCGAGUAAACAAGGCCCCAAGUAGAUUUAAGGCUCCUAAUCUUGUAUGGGAGACUUCAACCUAGGAUUGCCAUUUCGGUUUUGAUUUUAUAACAUGUUUUUAUUAUGUUUUAGUUUUGGUUUCAAAUCAUUGUGUACUUAUCGGUUUUGAUUUGGUUAAAACCAAUAAGAAACCAAAAUCACAAUUCACAAUGCUAAUCCAAAAAUAGGGGUGUUCAAACGAAUAUUAACCGGUAGCAUUCGGUUAUUUUGGUUUGGUUAAUUUGGAUAAUUGGUUUGGUUUGGUUAUACAAUUUAGCUUAUUUGGUUUAGGUGGUUUGGUUUAAACACUGCUAACCAAUGAAACCAAUUAACAAAUUAAUGAUACACGUAAUAUACAAAAUUAUUUAUUCUUCCAUGCAACCAACCAAACCAAACUUUCGUGAUUUCCUAUUUUAUUUCCAUGUGCACAACAAACCAAAACAUUAUGAGUCAAAAAUUAAUGGGCCUGCCUAUUUACUAAACCAAAACAUUUUUUUUACAGCUACUAGACUUUAGGAUUACGUACAGUACCAUGACAACCACCUCAAACUAUGUAUAGUUUAAGUGUUUUAUAGGAAAGCUUUAACUUCAUGAUGAGUGGUAUUGGUAUGUAUUUAAUAUUUAUGUUAAGAGUUUAUUGUAAGCUAACUAUAUUAGGUGCAGAGAUGAUGAAUGAUGUAUUAACUCGAAUGAUGAUGAUAACCAUGGAUGGUUAGUCUUAUUAUUAUUGCUUAUAUAUAAUGAUAGUAAUAACAUAUGGUUAUGAUUUAUUCAUUAACAGGAUAAUUGUUUUCCUGUCAUGUUUUGUUAUUUGGUUAAUCUGAUUAUCCGAUUAACCAAAAAUAUUAAACUUUGGUUUGAUUAAUUUGGACGGUUUGGUUAAGACAUUUGAUUCCAUGGUUAAUGAAAUUUAGACUUAAUU